UUGGAAAGGUGACCUUUGGCAAUGAAGGACUUUAUCAGAGUUGCAAAUUGGCCCUCCCCUUCCACAGCUGACCUAUCAUAGUUUAUACAUUGUGUAUAUUGUCCAGGGUCAGGGGAGAGGGUUGCUUUUAUGCAUCUCUGUGCCUCUAUGUUGCUGCCAGAGCCAAAGUGAAGGAGAAGAAGAGGAGGCUGGAGACGUCUUUUGCAGAGGGGCUUGGGCAGAAAUCCUGAGACAUGGCAACUGCAGGGAAGGUUAUUAAAUGCAAAGCUGCAGUUAUCUGGGAAGUAGGCAAAUUACCUUCUCUUGAAGAAGUUGAGGUGGCACUACCAAGAACCCAUGAAAUUCGAGUGAAGAUAGUAGCCACCGGGAUCUGCCGGACAGAUGAUCAUGUAGUAAACGGUAUUUUUCCUAACAUCGAUUACCCUGUUAUUGUGGGCCAUGAAGGAGCUGGUAUUGUUGAAAGCAUUGGACCAGAAGUCACAUGUGUAAAGCCAGGUGACAAAGUCAUUCCUUUAUGUCUUCCCCAAUGUGGAGAAUGUGCCUCCUGUCUGAAUCCUAAAUCAAAUUGUUGCCUCAAAACACACUUCUGCCAAUCUCAGAAUCUGAUGCCAGACAAAACAGGCAGAUUUACCUGCAGAGGGAAGCAAGUUUACCACUUCCUGUGGACAAGCACCUUCUCCGAGUACACAGUCAUGCCGGAGGCUUCCAUUGUGAAGAUCGACGAUGAUGCUCCUCUGGAGAAAGUCUGGCUGUUUGGCUGUGGGUUUUCUACCGGCUAUGGUGCUGCCAUCAAUACGGCCAAGGUUGAGCCUGGUUCUACCUGUGCUGUCUUUGGUUUGGGAGGUGUUGGUCUGUCUGUUAUUAUAGGCUGCAAAGCAGCUGGAGCAUCCCGGAUUAUUGGGGUUGACAUCAACAAAGAAAAAUUCGCUAAAGCAAAAGAGUUAGGAGCCACCGAAUGCAUCUCUCCUAACGAUUUCAGCAAACCCAUUCAUAAGGUGCUUGUGGAAAUGACUGGCCUUGGCGUGGACUAUUCAUUUGAGGCAAUUGGGCGUAUUGACACAGAGGUAGCUGCUCUUGCCUCUUCCUGCUUGGGUUCUGGAACCUGUGUGUUGGUAGGGGAGCCUCCUUCAGGGUCGCAGCUCGCUUUCGAUCCGACACUGCUCCUCACAGGGAGGAAGCUGACUGGGUCCUUAAUCGGAGAUUGGAAGCUAAAAGAUGCUCUCCCCAAACUAGUUUCUGAUUACAUGAACAAGAAAUGUCAUCCAGAUGCAUUAAUAAGUCACAUGUUGCCCUUUGAGAAAAUUGCUGAAGGCUUUGAGCUGCUGCGCGCAGGUAAAAGUAUUCGUUCUGUCCUGUUGUUUUAAAGUUCCAAAGGCAACCAGUCAGUGGGGCAUCGGCAGAACAGAACAUCUUCUUCUUUAGAUCUUUCAUGUACCGGACUAAAUUCAACAGUUACUUACAUUUACAAAAUUUUCAACAAAUGCCAAUAUAUUUGAACAUCGAAACCUUUCAUGUUUACAGCCAGCAAGAGGCAAUUCCUAUGUCAACUGUACCUGUAAGGACUGUGGAGGAAAAAUGCUCAGCAGGCCUCUGUCACAUUCAGUUGGUCUCAGACUAGCAACAAGCUCAGUGACAGCUGCUGCAGAGAAGCACAGGACAAGAAAGGGGUGAUGAACCCCUUUCUCCACCCGUCACUCCCUUACACCCAUGCCAUCAGCCCUUGUUCCCCAAGCCAGGCUCUGGGACCAAAAAUUAGGCCGCCAAAGUGAACACGGCCUGCUGCCCCAAUACCACCAUCCCACUUCUUCAGCAGCGACCCACACUUGAAGACCCCCAUCUAAUUUUGCCUGAGGCAGUAAACUGCUUAAAUCCCCUGUGCUCUCAUUCCCCAACAUAUGCCAUCUGAUACCCACCUAGGUGGUGGUGGAGAGUGCCCUCCAGUCGUAGCUGACUUAUGACAACCCCCGGUGGGGUUUUCAUGGCAAGAGACUAACAGAGGUGGUUUGCCAUUACCUUCCUCUGCAACCCUGGUCUUCACGGGAGGUCUCCCAUUCAAUUACCAAUGAAGGAAGACCUUGCUUAGCUUCUGAGAUCUGACAAGAUCAGGCUCAGGUCAGGGCACCUACAUAGGAGAGCAACAUAAAAUAGCCUCUUCUGUAUCGUCUGGUAUUGUCAGUUCUUGCUUCCUCUUAUUCCUGCUUAGCCUUUCAUCCCAGUUCUGUUAAAGGUUUCUCUCUCCAGUUGAUCGUUAGGUUGUGUUAUUGGACUAAGGAUAUAUAGCUGUAGGAACUUCAUAGCUCCUCACAUUCGUGGCAUUGCAAGAUAAUCUUUACAACAGUGGGUAGCUGCUUUCAAAAUGAUUUAAAAGAGAGUUAACUGAAACAAAAAGCAGUCAUUCACAGCAGUGAUACUUUCCAUUUCUGUUGCAGGAUUUUAAAACUUUAAAAAAAUGCGAUUCCAGUCAUUAAAGUAAACCAAUUAAUCUGAGCAUAGGUAUUGCAGACUCAGUGUUUGUAUUUUAAAUAAUGUAAAUUAGUAUCUGCUGAGGAAAAUGAAAAACUUAAUUUAGACACUGGAAGAAAGUACAUUUAACAGAGUUUCAAAUACAACUGUCAAAUCCA